AUGUCAUUUGGUGAAGGAAGAAGUGAUGAGGACAAAGGGGACUGUCUGAUUACUUGAACUAUUAUGGCUUUUUAUCAGACAAGUAUUCCAACUGAGUCGUUUUUGGUAGAAGAAUUGCCGAUAUUCGCCUUUUUAGGCUUUUUUGCAUUCACAGUUUUUAUGGCAUUAAUUGUUGGUAUACUCACUUAUCCGGAAGGUUUCGGUCGUUAUAUCGCGGGACAAUUCUUUCUAGUGGCAAUUUGUAUAUCUAUCAAUGUGCCAGCUGGUGUUUUUGUACCAUCGUUUAUAAUUGGAGCAGCCGGCGGUCGUCUGGCGGGGGAAGUAAUGGCACUUUUCUUUCCAGAUGGUCUGCGUGGACCAAAUGGACCGCCUAUUUUUCCUGGACUUUAUGCGGUUGUUGGUGCAGCAGCUUAUACAGGCGCAGUAACACAUACACUUUCUGUAGCCGUAAUUAUAUGCGAGCUUACAGGGCAGCUUACUCCAUUACUACCCGUUCUGGUACCAUUUGGCCCCGUUAACUUUUCAAUAGCAAUGCUGGUCGGUAAUGCAGUUUGCAAAUUUUUACAACCUUCCAUUUAUGAAAGUAUCAUUCGAAUCAAAAAAUAUCCAUAUCUACUGGACUUACCACCUUCUCGAAUCAGUGUGCAUACGAUAAAAGUGGAACAAAUUAUGGUUAAAGAUGUCAUUUAUAUUACAAAGUCAACAACUUACAGAGAGCUUCGCGAAAUACUGCACUUUGCGCCAACACUUAAAAGUUUCCCCGUUGUUACUGAUCGAAAAUACAAAAUACUGCUUGGAUCGGUAGCAAAAAAAUAUUUGGCUGUGAUAAUGAAACGGCAAUUGAUUGAUGCGGAAUUCAAUCCUUUUUCUAAUAAGAAAACUGCUGGAGAGAUUUUCAACAGCAUAAAAUGGUCAUCAUUACGGCUCUCGAAAAGACAACGAGGUCAACAAAAUGGAGAAGACGAAGCAACACCAUUGGAAUCGAAUGCUACGGAGAACUUACCAGAUGAUGGCUCGAUAACUGGAAAUACAUUACUCUCAAUUUCACCUCUUCAUGCUCCACAUGAUUUGCCAUUAUCAGCGAUAUUUGUAAAACCAACAGCUGAUGAACUGAAGAGAAGGUCAAAGGUGAGUAAAGACAGCUUGUUGGAUCAAGUGAUAGAUUUGGAUGAAGUGGCUAUCGAUUCUGCUCCAUUUCAGCUUGUUCUUGGUUCAUCGCUAUACAAAGUGCAUACAUUAUUUUCGCUGCUAGCACUAUCUCACGCAUAUGUUACCGAUCGUGGACGACUGCUUGGUGUUAUCGCUUUAAAAGAGUUACGUGAUGCGCUGGCAAAUAUAUAUGUUCGUGGUGCAGUGGCGGUUAAUUCGGAUCGGAAAGGAACUACCAGCAAGUUAUUGUUAUCGCAAAAAUUAGAUGAAUAG